AUCCAGGACUUACCGCCCUACCCUGGUCUCGUGAUCUCUCGUCUUCUCACGCGUUAGUCACGUGACACAGUUCUGGGAGGAAGAUGGGGAAAAUGGAGGCAGCUGGCGGGAGUUAUGAAUGAAAGGACCUUUAUUUUGUGCCUUUUCGCAAAACUAUAGGUACACAUCAAGAUGCUGACCAACCAGCUGAGCACAAGAGACCUCCUUGGCAGCAGGCGGUUUUACCGGCGGAACUCGCAGGGUGACCGGCCACAGUAUGGCAGUAACAGCCAGACCCAGUCCAGCCAGGCCGGCAGCUCGGAGGGCAUGUACUCACAGAUGAUCGAUUCUCAGAACUCUGAUGUUCUCUUUCCACAGCAACAGGACUAUGAAGGAAGUGUGAAUUACUACCAGAAGUACAAGGCCCAGGGUGCUUUGUUCCCCACCCAAGGAGCCAGGCAGCCUAUUUCUGUGGUCAGAGGAUGUCCUCAGAUGAGCCUGCAGGAGCAGAUGGAAGUAAACAGGAAGAGGGCAAAGGAAAGAGACGACAGGGAAAUCCUAAACUUGUUUGUCUCCAUGCUGAAGGACUGUGUAGAAGAAGUGAAAACCCUGACAACUGGAGUUCAGGACAAGAUAGACAAGACAGCAACAGCACAAGGGGAGAAGGCUGAACAACUUCUGCAGAAAGUCACUGAUGAGCUUGGAAAACACGCAGGAAGACUUCAAGAUGCUGUGAAAAGAAGGGAAGAAGACAAGGCCAAACUGAGUGAUCUGGAGAGUGCUAUGGCAGCAAAAGAUGCUGAGAUCUCUCAGUUGAAGCAUCAGCUGAGGGAGGCACUUGCUGCAAAGGAGGACAACAUCAUAUCAACUUUGACCUCUACACUAACUGAACAGCAGGAGUUGACAAGGGAGCAAAUAUCAAAGUUAAAGGACAAGGAGAACGACAAUACGGAAGUCCUGAAAGAGAGUAUCAAGUCAUGUGGGGACAUUACCAGACAACUGAAGCAGCUUGAGCAGCAAACAAAAGAGAGAGAGGAGGCAGAAAAGAAGAACCAAAGUCACAGAUGCUGCAAGGGCAAAUGGGAAGAAUGUGAUAGCAACUACUCUGAGAAAAACCCAGCCACAAGUAACAUCAACAGCAAACAACAAAUUUUUCAUAAUCAGAAUCAGCAAUGGUCAAUAUCUAUUGCUCAACAGGAACAGAGGCAUGGGGAAGAACAGGACAUCAGUGCUGCUGAUCCACAGCUGGAAAAUGUACAUCUGAAAGAUGGCCAAAAUCAAAUUCCAGUGAUUUGGUCAAAGCAGCACAGUCAUCGUCAUGGUUUGCUGCCAAAUAUGGCUUUGUCCAGUAUCUAUAGAAGCAACCAGUUGUCCUGUGCACCAGUAGUAUCAGCAAAUACGUCCUACCCUAGCUACCACACGGUUGCACCAUCCAUGGGACCAGUAGUGGUAAAUCCAACAACAGGUCAGGAAGACAUGACUUUUGCUAUGACAAGGAGACAGAGUGAAUCCGUACAGAUGUAUGGCCAGGGAAGAGUAAAUGGGACAUUGCAGAACCCAAACAAGAGCUUUUUUCAACAAAACAUGGUAGAAAUAAAACCAAGGAAACCUUGCGACCAAGACAACAUCCUUCAGCAAAGUACCAUACCUUCCACCAGGAUUUCAGGGCAGAGCAUGAAUAUCACUAACAACAUCACAAAUCAGCAUUCUGGACAGCUGGUCAGCUUAGCAUCUUCUCAUGAGUUUGAAGAGAUGGGACACACCAAUGGAAACAGUAGGCAGAAAUCAAGUGAGGUAAAGAGUACCAAUCAGCACCAAGGACAGCAGCCCUGGCACCAAGACUCCACCAUUCAGCACCAUGGACAGACAAACAAACAGGGAUGGAACAGCCAUCAGAACCAAAGGAUGACCAAUCAGGACCAAGGGCAGAGAUGGUCAGAGGUAGACAGAGAACGUGGUGAAUUCACUAGCCAGCUGACCCCUCAGGAUCACAGCACAACCACAGCUAGUAACUUCAACCUGCAACAUGGACAAGUUCCACCCAUUUGCUCAACUGCCUCCUUACAGUCAACAUGCAAACAGGUGGAAAUGUCAACUGAUGACAAUUCUCUAGCUUUGGAUAAUGAACUGUACCGAAUGCAGGUAGGAAAUGUACAGCCUGUUUUUUCACCAGACAUCCAGCAAGCCAAGUCAGGUGUGAAAAAACAGUCACCGAUAGCAACCGUUCUCCCACAAGUUCGGACCAGGUCAAUGAUACAACAGACACCAGAAUCAACAAAGAUGGAGAAUACUGAUGUGAAAGGCCAAGAGAUGAAAGAAAGAGAAGGAACCAUUGAGCCACAGGUCAAUGUUACAAAGCUGAGAGGGAGAAAGAGCAGAAAGAAACUAAAGCCAGCAGUGAAGUCAGUAGAAGAUAGUCAGAUGGAAAGUGAAGCAGUUGAUAUCAGUGAUCUUCCUGGUACAAGUGGUCUGGCAUUGAAUGUAUCAAAAACUAAUAAGAGGUCAAAAUCAGAAAGCAGAGAGGAGAGUGAUAAGGGACACAUGAAAAAGGAUGAAAUUAGCUAUCCGAGCCCCAGCCCGUAUUCUCCAGACUGCCCACCAGUCCCAUUCCAAUCUUCUGAAGAGUUGCCUGCUUGGAGACAAUCUGGGAGGUUCAGGAAGAGAUCUCAUUCUUGCACUGACUUGUCUAACAGUAAGGGUGGGGUGAUGAAAGCAUCUAGGGAUAAGCCUGGAAGUGUGGAGAAGAGGAAAGCAAAGAUGGUAGGAAACAAAACUCCUAGUAUUGCAAAGGGAUCAACAUAUGAGGCCAAAGCUCUUGCACAGUCUUCAACAGGGCUGCAACACAUGAAAAUAAGGAAAGCAAUACAGAUGUGGAGCCCAGCUUCCCUCACAGAUAUGUCAAAGAGUGCAGACCAGAGUAAAAGUGCAUCUGUCUAUGACUUUGAAGACCAUGAAGCAGAUGUCCCAGGAAUAAAGCCUGCAGUAAGGAGUGCAAAGAAAGUGACCAGACUACAAAAUCCGAUUAACACUCCUGAUACCAGACUGAAGCAUGUUAACACACUAGGAGAAGCUGAAGAUGCCAACAGUGACAAGAGGGACACAGUCAAGCAAUAUGUAAGCCCAUACUCAGAUGUGGAAGAGCCAGAGAGUGAUGACCCAUAUGAGGAGGAUGUCAGUGAAGCUGAGGCUAUGCACCAUGUUCGCCCUCAAGCGCCCAACAUCUUAAAGGACGAGUUUCCUAAAAAGAGCUCAUUUCAUGAUUCCCAAAUACUGCGUUACCAGGACAGUGAUGAGAACUUUAGCAACACUUAUGAUGACAGAAAAGAAGACACCUUUGAAAAAGUAGUUCACUUCUCAAAGGCGAAGAAUUCACCGCCUCAAGGUAGUGAGGAAGAGCUCUUUGGGAGUGAAGGAGAGGGUAUGACAAAGGAGUCUGUUGACCCUUUGUCUUUAGAUAUAUUUAGCCAGGGAAAGACACUUCAGAGUGACUCUCCUAGUUUGAAGAAGACUCUUGCUAUUGCACGGAAGUGGGCAACUGGGAAAUCAGCAAAAGCAAAGGAGAAUAACUCUCGAGUUGUCAGCGAUCAACACCAGUCAGACAGUGACAGCUCCUCAUCUCCCUCCCUGUGGAUCAUGGAAGACUUCUUCAAACCAGGUACUUCCCGAGAUGUAAAGCCUCAGGUAUCCAGAAAUACAAGUCAAGGUACCAAAAGGAAAGGUCAGUUGACCAUGAACAUUGAUGACGUGGAUCCCGGUAGCUCAACAGAAGCUAGCCAGUCCCAGGACUACUUCUCACUUAAGAUUCCAGAUUCACCAGUGAGGCCCCGCCAUGACCUGAGUACUGAGCAGGUAGUACCAGACCAGUCACCUGCUACACCACAGAGCAUACGGCUGCCACCGUCUCCUAAGCAGUCUCGAGGAUCAGGCCUGAAGAGGAAACUGUGUGACAGCAGUGCCUCAUGGUUUGUGGAUGCCAGCAGGGAGUGCCUCAAGCAGCUGAGGAGCAGCUCCCACAGGACUGCACACAAAUGAUUGCUUCUUAUGUUGACACUUUCACUUAUGGUUUAGGGCAAUGUAGCAGAUGGUCUUAGUUACAGGAUUUCUUUUUGAUCUAAAUGUCAGUAUGAUAACGUGCCAACAAUGCUACAACACCCUCGUAAUCAAGCGGUUAGAGAGACAACAACAACAACAGUAAGCCAAGGACCAGGUUCAGUGUACAGAUUGAUGUGAUCUUUAAUACUGCGACUCAGUUAUAAAGGUACAACAGAUGUGUGGUUUGACGUUCUUGAAGCCCACUGUUACAUCAACAUGGAGCUUUCUUGAAAAAGCCUUUAUCUCUUUUGUUGUUGCCAUUGCUCUCAGGGAUACCCAUCUUUUCUUUUUGCAUUAUUUUGUUUUCUAACUUUUGCACCAAAGAAUGGAUAUGAAAUGGUUGUGAGGAACAUUUCCAAACAAGACUUCUAUGGAUGACAUGGUUACAUUGCUAAUAGUACAAAGAUUGUCAUAAGACUGUAUUGUAAGUAUCAGAAUCACUUUGUAAUCAACACUUUUAAUAAGAUUCAAUAGAUUUUGGUAUUUAUCUUCUGUGACUUCAAAAUCACCUUUAUGUGUUAAGAGCCUACUAUUUUGAAAAAGAAAAAAAAGGUUGCGAAUUUCAUGUUUUGACAGUUUGCUACCAUGGUGAAACACACCAGUCAUGUUAGUUUGAAGGACCCUGUUCUAGGUUAAUAACUUAAUGACAGAAGUUUCAAGUUCAAGUUUGAAAUGAUUGACAAAGAAUUUGAUAGUUUCAUUUCUUUUUGACAAUGUUGUUGUUUGGAUUGAUGAUACCACUGUUUGCCCAUAGUACACUUUUAAGUGAUCAGUUUAAU